AUGAUAGGAGUCAGCCAAAUUGAGAGGGCAUUAUUGGAUCUCGGAGCAAGUGUAAAUUUGUUGCCCUACUCAGUUUAUGUGCAGUUGGGGCUAGGAGAGUUGAGACCCACAUCCAUGACACUGCAAUUAGCUGACAGGUCAGUGAAGGUUUCAUGGGGAAUAGUAGAGGAUGUCAUGAUUAAGGUGGAUAAGUUUUAUUUCCCGAUAGAUUUUAUUGUGCUUGACACAGAGCUGGUUCCGAAUGUGGGGAGUCAAAUACCGGUGAUCUUAGGGCAACCAUUUCUAGCUACAGCUAAUGCCCUGAUCAAUUGUAGAAUGGGGGUGAUGAAGAUUUCAUUUGGGAAUAUGAUAGUGGAGCUAAAUAUUUUCCAUAUUAGAAAGCAACCAUUGGAAUAUGAGGAAGUGCAACAGGUAUGCUUGAUAGAGGAGAUCUUUGAGGAGGUUGUUGAAGAAUCAAUGAACUAUCUCGUCACCGGCCAACUACCUCAGCAGUGGGGGCAACAAGAUAGGUCCAGAUUUUUGUCCACGGUAAAGCACUUUUUCUGGGACGAUCCUUACCUGUUCAAGUAUUGUUCCUAUCAGAUCAUUAGGAAGUGUAUACUUGAGCAUGACCAAUCCAAUGUCAUCUCCUUUUAUCAUGAUCAUGCUUGUCGAGGCCAUUUCAGUGCUAAGAAGACCGCUGCCAAGAUUUUACAAUGUGGAUUCUAUUGGCCUACCCUUUUCAGAGAUGCCCAUGCUUAUUGUACAUCUUGUGAGCGUUGUCAGAAGCUAGGGAGUAUCUCUAGGAGGAAUAUGAUGCCCCUCAGUCCCAUUUUGAUUGUUGAGAUUUUUGAUGUAUGGGGCAUCGAUUUCAUGGGACCUUUCCCAAACUCCUUUGGCUAUCUAUACAUCUUGGUUGUUGUGGACUAUGUGUCCAAAUGGGUGAAGGCGGUUGCAUGCAAGACCAAUGACCACAGAGUUGUGGUCCAGUUUUUGAGAGACACUAUCUUUGCUCGUUUUGGUAUGCCUCAAGCAAUUAUAAGUGAUGGAGGUAAGCAUUUUUGCAAUAAGAUUUUUGAGCAGUUGAUGAAGAAGUAUUUCAUCACACAUAAGGUUGCCACCCCGUAU